AUGGAAGCACAAACAGAAAGAAGCCAGUUACUUCCUAUUACAAGACUAUAUGAUGCAGCACUCAAGGGAGACGUACCUUCGUUACUCGAGUUGCUUGGAGAAGAUCCACUUAUCCUCGAUCGAUGCAUCAUAGGAAAAUCGGGAAGCUUUAUGCAGUCACCAUUACAUGUUGCGGUUAAUUUUGGGCAUGUAAACUUUACUAAGAAGAUAAUAGAAAAAAAGCCAAAAUUAGUAGAGGUGGUUGAUCAAUUAAAAAGAUCAUCACCCCUACACAUUGCCUGUGCUGAAGGGUACUUGCAAAUAGUCGAAGAUUUGCUUGUGGUGAAUCCGAACAUGUGCUUCAUACAUGACCGUGAUGGAAAGACGCCUGUUCACGUAGCUGCCAUGAAUGGUCAAAUUGAAGUGCUUAGAACUCUUCUCAAGUUAGAGCCACAAGCGGCUUGGGAGCGAACUAUUGGUGAUGAAACUGUUUUACAUUUGUGUGUGAAACAUAAACAACCAAAGGUUCUUAAGUUUUUGGUAGAAACAAUGGAUGAUGGUGAGUUGCUUAACCUCGAUGAUGCACUUGGCAAUACCGUCUUACACCUAGCUGUGGCUGCCAAGCAAUCCGAGGUAAGAUGA